UCUUCAUCAUCGAACACAGGUUUAAGAGGUUUCUCUAGGGUUUUCCUUCACGUUGAUUUCUCCAAAAUCUCAAUCGCAAAAUUCAAAAAUCCGUUUCGCUACUAAUUGAUGCGAACUCGGCGGCUUCGAUUUCCGCCGACCCACCCACAAACUAAUAUCGGAAAAAAUGACUAUGGAAGCUCGAGUCGGUGUGGUGGUGGAAGGUGGACAGAGGGCUCUUAACACGGCCACCGCGUCCGCCGUGCAUAACAGCGUCGUAGACGCCGGAAACAGGAAACUUUUACAGCAACAACCGCAGACGCAGCCUCAAAGCUGCCAUCAACACCAACAAAGCAAUAAACAGUCGCUGAAUCAGAAGCAGGGCGGCUCCAUUGCGCAUCUCGUCGCCGGCGGAAUUUCCGGCGCAUUCAGUAAGACUUGCACCGCUCCUCUCGCUCGUCUCACCAUCUUGUUCCAGAUACAAGGUAUGCAAUCGGAAGCUGCAAUUCUGAGUAGUCCAAGCAUUUGGCGUGAAGCUUCCCGUAUUAUCAACGAGGAAGGUUUUAGAGCUUUUUGGAAAGGAAACCUGGUUACUGUAGCUCACCGGCUUCCUUAUUCUGCAGUUAACUUUUACGCAUAUGAAGAAUACAAUACUCUUUUGUACUCAAAUUCAGUCUUGCAGAGGUAUAAAGGAACUGCAAGUUUGGAUGUUUUAGUGCACUUUGUAAGUGGUGGGUUGGCUGGAAUGACAGCUGCUUCAGCUACUUACCCUCUCGAUCUUGUGAGGACACGGCUUUCUGCACAGAGAAGUUCAAUCUAUUAUCAGGGGGUUGGGCAUGCCUUCCGUACCAUUUGCAGAGAAGAGGGAUUUUGGGGUCUGUAUAAAGGACUUGGUGCUACAUUGUUGGGUGUUGGUCCAAGCCUUGCAAUCAGCUUCUCAGCAUAUGACUCUCUGAAAACAUUAUGGCUAUCUCAAAGGCCUAGUGAUUCACAAGUUAUGGUUAGUCUUAGUUGUGGAAGUCUCUCCGGAAUUGCUUCCUCGACAGUGACAUUCCCGUUGGACCUGGUGAGAAGAAGAAUGCAGUUGGAAGGAGCUGGUGGGCGAGAGCGAGUGUAUAAAACAGGACUCUUUGGAACAUUCAAACAUAUAUUUAAGUCAGAAGGCAUGAGAGGGCUAUACAGAGGAAUCUUACCAGAAUACUAUAAAGUAGCUCCUGGUGUAGGCAUUGCCUUCAUGGCGUAUGAGAGAUUGAAGAAACUCUUAUCGUCUGUCCCCAAUUAAUAGAGUCUUAUAUACUUUAGUGUAAGCUUUAUAGAGUUUGGAGAAGAAGAAACAAACAAUCUUUUAGUAGCAGGUUUUUUUUUUUUUAAAUCUUCCAGUGUAUAGUAGUUACAGUCGUAGGUGUUAAGAUUUACAAUUUGUUCCUUCUCUAUUAGCAUCUCUCGAGAUAACAGUUUUGCCUUGUUCUAGGGCUCUUCCAUUGAUCCAAGCUCUAUGCGCUUUGUAUCUCUCUUCUUUUUCUUCAUUUAUGGAUUCUUGAAAUCUGUA